AUGGCCUGUGCUGGAAGAACUCUGGUUCUUGCAAUUAGUGCUGCCACUGAGGAACAUAGAAAAAGAAAACCGAAAUCGAAUAAUGAAGACAGUCAAAAGAAGCAUAGGAUUGAUAAGGGAAAAUCUAUUCUUAGUUCUUCUAAGAAACGUAAAUCCAGAGCAAAUACUGCCAGCCUUGUAACUAGUAAAUCACUGCAGAAGCGUAAGUCUACCAACCAUGAGGUUUCCACAGCUUUGUCAAAGGAGGAUCUUGGAACAAAGAGUUCAAAUGCUGAGAGGAAAGAUGAGAAGCUUCCUCAGGAAGCAACAAACCUAUCACAUGAGUUAAACAAAAAAGGUCAUGUUGAUGAAACAAUAAUCUGUGGAGAAAGUGUUGCCACUGAGACUCUGCAAGUUGAUUGGGUUCUGGGGUGUCGAGUUCAAGGCAAUUACACGAGCCUUUCACAUCACUUAUCUGUGAAUGUACUUGAUGACCUACGUUCUGAGGACUUACUAAUUUCAGAAAAUCAAAACAGACUCUCAGAAGAAAAUUUUGCUUGCGAUACUGAUUUAGAUGUAGUAGUUGCUGAAAAUCAUACUGAGGGUUGUCAGAAUAUUGAUAAGAGUUUUGACAGGGAAGAAAGGAUGAAGAAUGAAAUGAAAGUGGAUAAAAUACAUGUAUACAGAAGAUCUGCAACCAAAGAAUGUAAAAAAGGAAAUGCCAUGGAUCUUUUAAGAAAAGAUAUCAAGGAUUCAGAUUCUUGUGCUAGGAAUGGUAAAGAUCAAGACGAAUCUGCUGUAACUACAAAGAAUUUUGAAAAGGCAAAUGAAAGAAUGGUUACGGAGGAGAAUAUUGAUGUCAGUUUGAGAAAUCAAGAUAUUGAUGAAGUUCCAAAAAUUUAUGAAACAGACGUCUCUAAUGAAACCAAAGACGAUAAAGAAGUGGAUUUAGAAAGAAGCUCUGCAGAAAACAAAAUUCAGGAAGCCACCCUGGCUGAAUCUGCUUGUGUUGAUGGAGAGAAGGUAUCUUAUGAGUUUUUAGUUAAGUGGGCUGGAAAGUCUCAUAUUCAUAAUAGUUGGAUUUUUGAAUCCGAGCUCAAAGUUCUGGCAAAGAGGAAACUUGAAAAUUAUGUCAGUUAGGCAAGUAAUGUUCCAAGACAAUUUUAGCUUCUAAAAACCUUUUCAAUUGAUCAUUGAACUGUAAACUCUUGGGAUUAAUUUUUCUUUGGCACCAGCUUGUGUUUAUUUUUAGUUUUUCUUUCUAAAACAAGUCUAUUGGCAAUUACAGAUACGGUCAUAG